GAUGAUGAUGAUGAUGAUGAUGAUGACGGAAGCUCUCAGUGCUGUUAGUGACACUCAGUCCAACAGGAUAUGAACAUUCAGUGUCUUCUAGUCAGAUAUUGAACGAUGCUGCCCGCAAACAAGCCGUCUUUAAACGAGGCGGUCGGCAGAUCAAUGUGCCCAGCUGCCCGUUAGAGAGGAGAGCAGCCUAUCCAUACUGCUUCAUUUCCUGCUCUCUACUCUUACUGUCAGAGAGAGAGAGAGGGAGAGUGAGAGAGAGAGAGAGAGAGAGCGCUUGAGUGGAGAAAUAGGGAGUGGGAGAAAAGCUCUUCACACUAAGGCGGGCGGAGGGGCAGUAGAAGGUCGGCAGGAAGAGUGGGAAGACGGAGAAAGGAGUAAAUACGGACGGACAGCCGAAGAGCAGCGAUCAGGGGCUGUUUAAAAGCGGAAGAAGGGACCUCGGCUGGAACCUGCAGUCUGCCCCAUGGGUUAACAGGCCUCGGCUGCAGAGCCCAUUCCGGCCUCCGACACGAGCAGCGUGAUGGAGAUCGAGUCUCACUACCGGCACCUCCUGCGGGAGCUGGACACACAGAGGCGGAGCGGCAUCCUGUGUGACGUCAGCGUGGUAGUGGAGGGUCGCGUCUUCACCGCACAUCGCAACGUGCUGCUGGGCAGCAGCCGUUACUUCAAGACGCUGUAUGGCGGCCCAGGGGCGGAGCCAGUGACCGUCACGCGGCUGGACAUCGUCACGGCGCGUGGCUUCGAGGCCAUCCUGGACUUCAUGUACUCGGCACGUUUGGCCCUCACCGGCGCCAAUGUCAUCGAAGUCAUGUCGGCGGCUAGCUACCUGCAGAUGACAGACAUUGUGCGGGCAUGCCACGCUUUCAUCCGUGCCGCCCUCGACAUCAGCCUGCGCCCCAAGCUGCCGGACGAGCCGUCUGAGUUCGAGGUGACUCCGGGUGGCGGGUCCUCCCCCUGGCGGGGACGCCGCACCAGCCCAGCCAACUCGUCGGGUGACUCCGCCAUUGCCAGCAGCCAUGAAAGUGGCAGCAUCUGCAGCAGAGAUGACCAGGGUCCCCAGAGCCACGAGAGUAGGGAGGGGGCCUCCACACCGGCACUGUGGCCUGCCGACCCUCCUCCUAGUAGUCCUAAUGAUGGGCGACUCCCCGAGUGUGCAGAGCCGCACACGGGUGAGGAACAGCAGCCUUCCCGGUCUGGCCGGCGGAAGAAUCGCAAGAACAAAGACACGAUCCGGUACAUCGCACCGCAGCCAGAGUCUGGGGACAGCCACUCGGGGUCUCCACUGCCCUCCACCCUGUCUGUGUCUGGCUGGAGCGGCAGCAAUCAAGGAUGUUCAGUGGCUGACGCUGCCAGGGAAGAUCACAACGGUCCGGGUGGCUACGGUGACCACAAGGAGCCCCAUGAGGACACGUGGCACACAGGGGUGUCAGAGAAGGCUAACCUGCAGGUGGCGCUGUCUGGUAGGAGUGGCAUGCUGGCAGCACACGCUGAGCUGCUAGAGGAGGAAGCUGGACUGCUGCUGGAGCACCUGCCUCACACAGGAGGCGGGUCUUCCGGCGACUUCGCGGUGGUCCGGAAGAAGUUCCGCUGCCCCUGUUGCAGCUUCUCCGCUAUGCACCAAUGCAUCCUGAAGAGGCACCUGCGCUCGCACACCGGCGAGCGGCCAUACCCCUGCGAGACGUGCGGCAAGACCUUUACCCGCCGGGAGCACAUGAAGAGACACACGCAGGUGCACAGUAAGGAUAAGAAGUAUACCUGCAAAGUGUGCAGCAGAGCCUUCGUGUGCGCAGCCAGUGUGGGCAUCCGGCACGGCUCGCGCAGGCACGGCAUCUGCUCCGACUGCGCCCGGCCCGGCGGCUUGCGGGGGGAGCCGGUCACUCCCGAGCGAGCGGCCGGCGUCCACGAAGGAAUGCCGCGCGACGGCAACGAGGAGGCCGGUUUGGGAAUGCUGGAGGACGAGAAGGAGGGCAGCGACUCGCAAGAGAUGGACGGAGAGACCCGUAGAGAGUCCCACUGGGUUUCCUAGUUCAGAUGAGCGAGCAAUAAACCCCACAGGAAACGUCAAUAUGCAGCGUUCGACGACGGCGUUCCCGGUACGCUUGGGGGACGCCCUAUGCGGUAUCCCGGCUUUACUUCUCUCUGGGCCCUAGGCAGCUCAUGGGCUGUCACGCCGGGGUGAUGGAAGUCCCCCCUCCCUCGGUGCGCCCAUGCUCAAAACCUACUUGAUCGGGCGGCUGCCGGGGGCAUCGGCUGGGUUUGGUGCUCCAGAUUCGGCCCCAAGUCCGUCCUGCUCUAACGGGACACGCUCACUCUUGCAUUCAUUCCAGAAUCACUGCGUCAUAAAUUCAGUCGCUCUGCAGACUCGGUGCGAUCCGAAAUGUAUACCUUUUUUUACGAUUUUGUAUUCCUAUAAGAAAAUAUUUGAAUAUGAAACAAUUCAAGCUGAGUUCCCCCCUAAAGGUACAGCGUCUCCCUCCCCGAAAAUGGACUGACUGCACCAGACUGAUUUCAUCUCCAGAUCCCUGACAACUAUGCCACCUAUGGUCAUGUCUUUCAUAACCUUUCUGAAUGUAAUCUGUUAAUAUCUGCAUAUGACAAACACAAGGAGCUGUUAUCGGGAGAGAAAGCAGUUCGACUUAAUGCAGGAUUAUUCCUUGUGUUCACUGCAUCCCUGUUUCCCGAGUAGUACGACAAUCACAUUUUAGUGAAGGAUCCCGUGCUCUUUAAUCCGGAACGAGGGGGAUGCCCUGUUCGGGUCCCGCUUGCCUCCUCGUCUCGCCCUGUGGCUUGGCCUGCCCGCACUGAUUUUUUUAGGCACGGUCCAUUAGCAUCUAGCCACGGAGAGAAACAAUCACACAAAGCUGUGGGAGUUUGGCUGCGAAGUCGCAUCGCUGUUUUAAUUUUAUUUCUGGGAUGUUUAAGAUGGAACUAUGGUUUUUAAAUAUGAUAUUCCCUUUAUUAUUAAAGUUCCAUUUUACUGUUUGUUCCUGGCAAUACAAAUAAGUUUAAUAUUUGUUUGGUGCGGCUAAGAGGUGGAUGCUAACUUUAGCACUCGUUUUUUUAAAUAUCUAUAAAUAUAUAUAUAUAUAUAUAUACAGUGAGAAUUUUUUUUAAAUAACUACCUUGUUCGAAAAUAAGCCGUGUGACUAUGUUACUCACAAGGCUGCAGCUGUUGAUACAUGAUUUUAAAUGCUAACUUAUUUGCUAUAUAUAAUAUAUAAAGGAGUGUGUAUAUAUAAAAUAUAUAGCACAAUCUUCUAUACCAAAAAUCAAAUAUACAUUAUAACUCGUAUAAAGUCUUUUCUUUUGUCGAAUAGCUAGUUUUACGAUCAGAAUGUAAUUUGUUUCGCAUUGAAUGUGUUUUUGCUGUUUAAGCUAUGUAUAUACAAAUAAUUUUUCUAAUGUGGAGCUUCUCAGUCUCGUGGGAUGGAGGGACUGGCAUCCUGCUGUGAGUGUUUGUGCGCUUUCUUCGCAUGCUGAUCCACAGCUGCUCACCAGCUUUCCAAGAGCGGGAUCCCUCCCGAAUACGGGGAAGACGAUUCAAACCUGCUGCCGUGACGCCAUGACGCUACGGACAUAAAAGAUCAAAUUGUUCAAGCCUCAGGGUCCCUUAGCAGCUCCAUAGCGAUUGAGGCAUAAGGCGCCGAUGAUGCAGGAAAUGAGCUGUAAGAGAGGCGGUGUGCGGGGCUGCCGCUCGCUGUCAGUCUCUGUCCGCUUCUGCCGCUUCCUCGCACUACCUGUAUUAGUCUCAAUUUCCGUAAACCGACUGGGGAUUGACAGUAAUGCCCAAUAAUCUGCCGCCGUCGGUCUGAUGGCCUGUGUUUGCUGACAGCUGUCCUCUCAGGAUAGCCUACUCACCCAGCACGAAUCCUCUCUCACACACUGGGCUUUUUAAAUUAACAAAACUAAACUUUAUACUAGUAACACUGCAGUAGGGAAAUGGGGAAGACAAUAUUGGGAAAACGUGUGACAUUUUCACCCUAGAGAGAGUCAACUUAUGCAAACGCCCUGCGUACUUGUAGAAACUCACUAUCAAGUGCAUUUUCAUGGACAGGGGACAGCAGGAGGAAGUGUAACACACACACACUCACUCACUCACUUUAUACACUUUAUACCACUUCCUCGCUCUUGACUUUGUUUUAUCACAGACUGAUAGCAUUAUCAGUCAACUUUCAGUGUUCCUUUCGUUUGCUAGGUGUGUGCGGGUCCUGCUUGCUGCUACAGGACAAGGAGUGAAUUUCAAGAUAGAACUCAGAUAGGCCUAUUUUCAAGAUCUGUUUAGGAAUGCAGCGCAUUCAUUAUGAAAUAUUUGGCAAUAAACAGUCAUUAUUGUGAAACAUUAAAAUUAUACGAACAUUAUAAGAAUUGUGUAUGCAAAUUAGGGGACAUUUCCCAAUAUUGUCUAUAAUGUACAACACACAGUAUUGUAUAAUAUACAGUUUACUGUGCUGUUAAGGAAAAUUAAAAUAUACACCGCCGCACAAACACUGCAUUUAAACGAAUUUUUACACCUGAAGAUUUCUUAGAAAACUCACUCUGUAAAGUAUAAACAUGUGCAGGAAAUAACUAUGGGUACAUUAAACUCAUUAUCAGCUUCACAUAUAAAGCCAUAUAUACAGUAUGAGAGUUUUGGGAUCGUAUUAAACUGUAGUUCAUUUUUUAAAAGUUAUAUUACUCUGAUUGGUCUGAGUGCUGUCUCUUGUGUAUGCUUGUUUUACAUGAUCUCAUGAUGUAUUCUUCCAAAACGGCUGAUUUUUUUUAAUUGCCCUUCUAUUCCAGUGUAUUUCUCUGUACAAUGUGGACUUUGGUGUUGGGUAUGAAGCCGUCUUUUUGUACUUUAGGCGCUGUCUAAUUGAAAGCAGAGCCAGAAAAGCAGUUUGUUCUCAUUUUGUGGACUUGAUAUUACCAGAAACCUUUUCCUACUUUGUACAUGACGUGAGUACUCUUUUUUUUUUUUUUUAAAGCUAUGCCUCUUUGCGCCACCUGUUGGUGGCAAUUAGCUUGACAAUGAAUUGCUAAUCAAUCAUUCCCAAUAAAUAUGGAAAGUGCUGCUGGAAAAACCA